GUCGAAAAGAAAGUUAAACAGAUGCCUACGCAAAAAUGAGUCGUACGUUGAGCGCACAUAAAGGUGACGCUGGUGGCUUUGUGUGAAUAGCGAAUAUCCCUUCCACUUCCUUUUCGAUGGGGCCUCAUAACAUGACCAUGGACAUGACACGUGAUCGCGUGAGCUGCGUUCUUUUUCGUAGAGACCGUGAAGGGGCGCGAGCCUCAUUUCUUACAUCGCAUUAUUUGCAAUAUUCGCAUUGUCGGCCAUUGUUCAUAGACGAAAUUGUUGUAUUUAUAUAUUAUAUACUAUUUCGUAAAUAACAGCUAGUUAACAAAGGACAGUGUGGAAUAUCAGCGAAGUUGACAUAUCUUCAAAAGAAUUUGAAAUUUUUCUCAAUCAAAACAUUUUAGAAGAAAACGAACACAUAAUAUGGAAGGGAAAGAGAAUUCUGACGAAAAACAAGUUGAGAAUGUCUUUACUGAGGAGUCUUCAGAAAAGCAGCAGGCUUUAUCAGUUUUACCUUCAUAUAUCAAGAGUUAUUCUACCACACAAAUUGAAUCGACUACAUUCGAGUAUUCAUGGAAAAUCGAUCAAUUUAAGCUUGUUUGUAAAAUUCUAGAUACAUUAUGUUCUGCACCAUUUCCAGAAAACGGUAAAUACAUGAUUCAAAUGAAUAUUAUACGUAAAUCUAAAUCUCCAAAUGAGGACAAACUUUUGAGUGGUAAUAAUAAUACAUCAAAUAUAUUCUGUAAUUCUUGUCAUACUAAUAGAUCAUUUUACUGUAAUUAUUGUCGUAAUACCAACAGUACUGUGGAAAAAAAUUGGUUUGAAUCUCUAAAUGCCCAAAUUUACAUGCGUACUAAUACACCAUUUUUUGGUUCAUGUACUGUGAUGAAUUCGCCUAAAUUGGUACAAUCAAAAACAGUUGCGGGUCAUAUAGAGGAUAUGACAUUAUUAAUGGAAACUUCAGACCUUGAUUACAUUUACACCGAUACGCUUAAAAUACACUGCAAGUUUGAAAUUUUUCAUACAAUAACAAAUAAGGCUAUACAUAAGAUCGGAAGA